UGGUUUUUAUAUUUGAAUUUCAAAUAUUUUUUUCUGCUUUUUUUUUUCUUGCUUUAAUCAACUUAGUAUGUCACUUUUAUCCAAGGUCACUCGUUGUAUGAGAACUAUUGCUCCUUUAGAGCUUGCUGAAGCUUCAUGGGAUAAUGUGGGUGUAUUGGUUGAACCUCCUUUUCCCUCUUCUAAACAAAACAAGGUCUUGUUGACGAUCGACUUGACUCACCAAGUUCUUGAAGAAGCCCUUGCUGAUCCAAAGAUUGGUACUAUUGUUUCCUAUCACCCACCUAUUUUUAGAGCCAUGAAACGAUUGACUUCUCAAGACGUCAAGCAAGAUAUUGUUUUGAAGGCUAUUGCUCGUGGUGUUGGUAUCUAUUCUCCUCAUACUGCUUGUGAUAAUUGUGUCAAUGGAGUGAAUGACUGGUUAGCAAGUGGUCUCGGCCAAGGCAACAAUCAGCCCAUUACACCUGCUGAUAAUCCUCCCGAGGGUCAAGAAGGGUCAGGCUCUGGUCGUUUGUUUACUUUGGAUGAACCCACACAUUUAAGCACGAUUGUUGAACGCGUUAAAAAGUUGAUUGGCUUACCUUAUUUGCGUUUGGCUACGGCUGAAAACAAUCAAAUGAUCAAGACAGUGGCUAUUUGUGCAGGCUCUGGUUCAUCAGUCCUUGGCCCAGUCGAUGCUGAUCUUUAUUUCACAGGUGAAAUGGGUCAUCAUGAUGUAUUGGCUGCUUUGGCAAAGAAUACUAGUGUUAUUUUAUGUGAACAUUCAAAUACAGAACGUGGUUAUCUCUCUGCUGUCUUGAAACCCGCUUUAGAAAAAGAGUUAGCAAAUGAGAAAUCAGAAGAAGGUGAAACGAUUCAAGUCGUUGUGUCUAAAGUAGACAAGGAUCCUCUUGUCAUUGUUUAAAUACACAGUUGCUUUUUAUUAUAAUAUACACGCUU